AUGCAGUUUCAAUUGCGUAGUUGCAAUGACCCGGAGCAAAUAUAUGAGGACAGUUUUCCAACCUCUGACCAAAUUUGGGGAAUGAUAGGCACAAUAGCGGUCACAGUUGCGUGUUGGAUUUUAUACACCCAGGUUAAAUUCUAUAAAAACUACUUCAGAGCGCCACAUCCUGUGCAGAAAUCUAAAGCCCAAGCGACACGUUAA